GACAAGCGACCCGAAGUGUUCAUCCUCCUCGUUGCAUUCCAUCCACAGCCUUUCUCUCCUCAUUCCGCCUCUAUCUGUUGAGGAAWAGACGUAACGCAACGCAACAACAACAACCAUGGCAUCUUCGGAAGGCGGAACCUCGUUGUGGAAACACAUCGGCCUCCACGGCCAUUCCGUGGGAACCUUCGCGUGUACGGACGCCGGUAUCCAGUGGAAAUCGUCUCUGUACGGACGGGAGGAUACCGGUGGCCUAUCUGCUUCGACCCGAAACGUUCCGAAGGACAGCAUCGAGAAGGCGGGGUGGUCCGUCUUUGGCAAGAGCGGGCACCUGCGCCUGAACAUGGAGCCAAAGGAGGGCAGCAGCAACACCCAGCACGAGAUGCGCUUCGAUGGGUUUCCGGUUUCUGCCUACGAAACCAUGAAGGACAUCUUCCAGGCAAGCUACGGAAUAGAGCUUUUGAAGCUCAAUAUGAGCUCGGCUGGGACGCAAUACGGACGAUCCAAAAUAAGCGGGAAGAAACUGGUGUUUCGGCAUUGUGUUCUAGAGGACGCGGACGAAGAGGGCGAAGUAAGUUUUGCCUUUGAUAUUGUGUUCCGUCUGUGCCAGUUGACUUUCAAUGUUUUUCCCGCUGUUAGUGUUUUGUAUCGUAUCGUAUCGUAUCGUAUCGUACCGUACCGUAUCGUAUCUUGUUGCAUCGCAUCGGUUUGAUUUUUUGGCAUCCACAUCAGAGGAACGCAACUCACCCUGAUGCUAUUUUUUUGGCGUUACAUCCAACAAGGAAUUCGAGGUUCGAGACGGGGACGAAAUGAUGUCGCUUGACCUGACGGAGGUAUCACAGUGCGUCCUGCCGGGGAAUAACCGAAACGAGGUAGAGCUUCAAUUCCCCGAGUCGGAUGCCGUCGAAGCGAACAACGAUCAGUUAGUGAGCGUGCGGUUCUUCAUUCCACCCGAUCCAGAAGUAGACCCCUCGGACAAAACAAUCAAAUCUUCCGCCGAGCUACUUCAGCAGAGGAUUAUGCAAAUGGCUAAUAUUCGGAAGACAACCGGAGACGUCAUUGGUACGUAUUCAAGAUUGUGUACUGUAUGAGUUCCACGAAACUAUUUCUGCUAAGAGUUGGCGGUGUUCAAUGUUCUACCCUCACACGAUUGAUCUUUGAUCCYCGUCUAUAUUGUCCCGUUGUUCAACGAAUCUUCAGUCGAAUUCGAUUUGGAAAAGGGAAGCUUUCUUACUCCACGAGGACGAUACUCUAUUGAAUUAUGUAUGUAUCACAAAACACCACGGAACUUCUUGCGAGCUCAGUCUGUUGAAGCAAUCUAUAUGCUUUAUACAACAUGUUUUGAAAAAUUUAUCAURRUGUCGAUGUCUUAUUCUUCUUUUAAUUCGAUGCGAUUCUAUUCUUAUUCCUUCUCUCAUUCACGAACAGACGAACGAUUCUUUCGAAUGCGUGGACAAAAGUACGAUUACAAGAUCAAAUACGACGACAUAUCGAGAUUAUUUUUGCUCCCUAAGCCCGACGACGUCCACAUGGCAUUCGUUAUUGCGUUGGACAAACCGAUUCGCCAGGGUCAGCAGCGCUACCAGUAUUUGGUCCUUCAAACCAACAAGGAUCCGGACGAAGUAAGAGUCAAUCUCGACGAAGACACUCUCAAGAAAGAAUACGGGGAUGACUUACAGCCCAUCAUGAGAGGUUCUCUUUCUAACCUUGUGGCCAAGACUUUCAAGAUCAUUGCGAAGAAAAAGGUCUUUAUUCCUGGAAAGUUUUCAAACGCCAACCAGCAACCAUGCGUCAAAUGCGCUCUGCGAGCCAACGAAGGAUUGCUCUACCCAUUGGAAAAGCAAUUUGUUUUUAUCCACAAGCCACCCGUUUUAAUCCGUUUCAACGAGGUCGAAAGCGUGGAGUUCCAGCGCUACGCUGGCGGCCAAGGCUCCACACGGAACUUUGAUUUGUGCGUCAGUUUGAAGCCCAAUGCGCCCAGCGCAGGCAACCAACAGGAAUACGUUUUCUCCGGGGUAGAUCGAUCAGACUACGCCGGGCUAUACAACUUUUUGUCAACCAAAAAGAUWCGCAUCAAGAACCUCCAAGAAAUCGGCGGUGUACAGGAACAAGCAGUGCCCGUGUACAACGAGGACGAGAUAUAUGGUGGGCCGGACCACGAAAUGGAAGAAGAAUCUGAAGACGAAGACUACGACGAAGCGGCCGCCGCCGAAGACGCAGCAAACGAUAGCGACAGUGAUAUGGAUAGCGAAGAUGACGAUGACUUUGGUUCUGAAAUCGACGACGACCUCGAUUCGGACUUGGAAGAAGCCCGAGGUGGAAGCGGAUCAAAAUCGAAACGUAAGAGCAACGACGACGACCUCAUAGAGGAUGAUUUGCCAAAGAAGAAAAAGGGGAAAAAGAAAGUUGUCGAAACCAAGCCGGUAUCGAAGAAAUUAAAGAAGGAUCCAAACAAACCCAAACAAGUGACGACCGCAUUUAUGAUUUUUAGCAAUACCAACCGAGAACGGUUCAGAACUGAAAAUCCAGACUUGAACUUCGGAGAUUUGGCGAAAUUAAUUGGGAAAAAAUACAAAGAGUUGAGUAAGGAGGAGCUCGCCGAGCUAGAGAAAAAGGUAAGUUGUCGGUUUGCAUUUAGUAUCUUUUUAGAGCUGUUGAUGUGUUUUUUGUUGUUACUAAACUGUUUGACCCGGAACAUGACAACUCUUGUGAAUUUCAGGUUGAAAAGGACAAGCUGCGGUACGAACGUGAAAUGAAAAACUACACGCCAUCCGAAGAAUUGGAAGACAGCGAACCGAAGGGGAAACGGAAAGUAACGAAGAAGAAAAAAGACCCAAACGCUCCGAAGCGAGCGACAAGCGCCUUCUUUUUUUAUUCGACAAAGAUGCGCCCCAUUAUAAAGGAGGAGGAACCCGACAUCAAGUUUACCGACAUGGGGAAACGAAUCGGUGAAAAGUGGCGGGAACUGUCUUCCGAAGACAAGAAGGAAUUCGAGGCUAUGGCCGAGUUGGAUAAAGAACGGUACAAGAAAGAGAUGGCAAAGUAUGAAGCGAAAAAACAGGAGGAGGAAGACGGAAUGGACGAAGAUCAAGACGAUAGCGACGAUGACAGCGAUUAGACAAUUCCCUGAUGCUGAUGCAAACUGAACACAGUUUGUGGGACAAGCAGACGUUUUUGAAUGAAUGAUGCGGCAAAAA